CUGAACAACCACCGGUUCCCAGCAAUCUCCAUCCGAAGCCAUAACAUCUGCAACGCCUGCAAUCAAACAACACUUUCGGACCAGCUUAUCGAAGCACCAAACAUGGCCGAAAGUAUCCAAACUCAGAACUGUCCGGCUACAAAGGUCUUACGAUUCGCACAAGAUGUCUUGACUGCCAAUGGUGUGCCAUUUGAGAACGCCGAGACCAUCGCCAAAUGUCUUGUCGCCGCCGACCUGCGCGGUAUCGACACCCACGGAGUCAACCGCAUACCGUCCUAUAUGGAGCGAAUCCGCCAGGGAGUACUCGACCCGAAAGCCGAACCGACCGUCAGUCAAGUCACUCCGGUCGUGGCACAGGUCGACGGACACAAUGCAUUUGGCUUUCUGGCUGCCUCGCAGGGGAUGGAAAAAGCCAUUGAGAUGGCCCAGGUGUUUGGGAUAGGCAUGGUUUCGGUGAAACACUCGAACCAUUUCGGCAUGUCCGCAUGGAUCGUGCAGAAGGCCAUCGACGCCGACAUGAUGUCUCUGGUGUUCACGAACUCGUCGCCCGCUCUUCCUGUCUGGGGCGGCAAAUCUAAACUACUCGGGGUGUCACCCAUAGCUUGCGGAGCUCCCGGAAAGACAAGGCCCUUCAUCCUCGACAUGGCACCGAGCGUUGCUGCUCGUGGAAAAAUCUACAAGGCCAAGAGAAGAGGAGAGCGCAUUCCUCUCGAUUGGGCGUUAGACAAGGAUGGCGCACCGACGGACGAUCCCGCCGCCGCUCUGGAAGGUGUUAUGCUGCCCAUGGGAGGUCCUAAAGGCUCGGGUCUGGCACUCAUGAUGGAUGUCUUCUCAGGUGUACUGUCCGGAUCAGCCUUUGCAGGUGAAGUCACCGGACCAUAUGACCCAUCCAAGCAAGCUAAUGUGGGCCAUUUCCUCGUCGCUAUCAAGCCGGAUCUUUUUUUCUCUUUGGAAGAAUUCAAAGAUAGAAUGGAGUACUUAUAUCAGCGGGUGGUGACUUCAGAAAAGAGGCAGGACUUCGAUCGCAUCUACUUUCCGGGCGAAAUUGAACAGAUCAAUCAGGAGAGACGAGAAGCCGAAGGGAUACCGUACACCCAAUCUGAGGUUGACGCGCUGAACAAGGAGGCUGACUCGGUGGGAGUCGCACACUUAACAGCGUGAAGUGCCUAUCCACCACUCCCCAUUGUACGUUCCUGGAUCAAGCUUGAGGACCGCUUGCUUUUCGAGGGAGUACCUCCGUUUCCCAGUCUUCAGCAAGACGCUCGACGAUAUAGCCCCACGGCCAGCCAUUAUUUUGCUCCGUGGCCUGCAGGAGCUCGAGCACACGCUGCUGCAGACCAGGACUGGUUAUCCAGGAAGACAUUGUGCAAGCUGCAUGGCAGGCGAAAAAUCUUGGCACUGCUUCGUCUGUAGACAAUGCUGAUCCGAAAAGCACAUCGGUGUACUGUGUAAU